GAUGAACCUACGAAUAACUUGGAUAUCGAAUCUAUAGAUGCACUGGCAGAAGCAAUCAAUGAAUAUACAGGAGGUGUUAUAAUUGUAUCUCACGACGAACGUUUAAUUAGCAAAGUAACCUGGGCAAUUGAAACCAACUUGAAAGGAAACCGCAUUAAAAUNUUGGACUUGAAUGCGGUAAUUUGGUUGGAUAACUACCUCCAGGGAUGGAAGAAAACUCUGCUAAUAGUUUCUCACGAUCAAUCUUUCUUAGACAAUGUUUGUAACGAAAUUAUUCAUUUAGAUAAUAAAAAAUUGUACUAUUACAAAGGGAAUUAUUCCAUGUUCAAAAAGAUGCAUGUGCAGAAGAAAAAAGAAAUGAUUAAGGAGUACGAGAAACAGGAAAAAAGACUGAAAGAACUCAAAUCGCAUACCCAGUCUUAAACUCAAUUGCAAUUACAGGAGAAAAAACAAAAAGAGGCCCUUACCAGGAAACAAGAGAAAAAUAGGAGCAAAAUUCAAAAACAAGAAGAAGAAACUGCUCCUACUGAAUUGCUGCAAAGACCUAAAGAUUAUUUGGUUAAAUUCAGAUUCCCAGAACCACCACCUCUACCACCACCAGUUUUAGGAUUACACAAUGUCACCUUUGGCUAUCCAGGACAAAAACCUUUACUAGUUAAAACAGACUUUGGUAUUGAUAUGAAUAGCAGAGUUGCCAUAGUGGGUCCGAACGGUGUAGGAAAAUCAACUUUUUUGAAAUUAUUGACUGGAGACCUUAGUCCUAUCAGUGGAGAAAAUAGAAAAAAUCACAGAUUGCGAAUCGGUCGAUUUGACCAACACUCUGGUGAACACUUGACAGCUGAAGAAACCCCUUCGGAGUAUCUGAUGCGUUUAUUCGAUUUGCCGUAUGAAAAAGCUAGGAAGCAGCUUGGAACUUUUGGCCUGGCUAGUCACGCACACACUAUUAAAAUGAAGGACCUAUCUGGUGGUCAAAAGGCAAGAGUGGCCUUAGCUGAAUUGUGUCUCAAUGCUCCGGAUGUGCUCAUUCUGGAUGAACCUACGAAUAACUUGGAUAUCGAAUCUAUAGAUGCACUGGCAGAAGCAAUCAAUGAAUAUACAGGAGGUGUUAUAAUUGUAUCUCACGACGAACGUUUAAUUAGGUAAGUUUUCAUUAUGGUUGGAA